UCAGUUGAUUUUAUUCCGCUUUGUUUUGCGGAGGUGAGAGGACAUCAUAUACCGAUUGCUUGCGUUCAACGGUUGUGUUCAAUGUUUUUCAUAAUAAAAAUAUUUAUUGUGUGAAUAGACGAUAUAUUUUGUACAAGAAGUGUAUUCUUAUUGGACCGAUGACUGUGUUUGUGUCAAUUUGUAGAAAGAUUCAAACAUUUGCGCAAUCGUUGUGAGACUUGAUGUCAAUAAACUUGUCGGUGGUAUUUUAUGGGAAAGGUGUGCCGCGUCGUAUUGGUACCUGUAUGCGGCGGGUGUCUUGGAGUCGACAUGGAAGCUGGUAGGGCCCCUGUGGCGCCUAAGUCGUUGGAGCCAUGGUGUCAUAGCUAGGAGCGAGGUUAACCAAGAUGCUGUUAUUAUCAUCGGGACAUAAUCCUCUGCAUCCGAAUUUGGCAACAAAACAGAUAAUCAAAUAUCUCACCCACAGUCACAGUACAUCCAAGCAAGCGAAAUUAUGUAGUAACCACACCGACAAAUCAAGACUGAUAUUUGAUGCCUUAAAAAUGAGCAAAGACGCAAGAUGAUCACUGAUGUACGAUAAAAAUAUUUUUCUAAACAUUAUGCGGAAAAGACAAUAGUUUUUGAAGAUUUACGAUCGAUAUUUUUGGAUGUUAUUUUAAUAGACAAAUGUUGUGUGCAUGGUGUUAACGUCCCUAGUGCGUAGUGCGACGACGAGUCGAUAGAUUGAGUGUCGAUAUUUUAUGGUGAUGUGAAUUGGUGUCGGUAGCUAAUACGAUGGCCAGUGAGGGUGAACCGGUAAAGGUGGAGGGGGUCCACGUAUCCGUCACCACUAUCAGCAUGACAGGCCCGGAGACCAGCAAUGUUCAAUUCUCGUACAGUUCGAGUGGGGUCCGCAUCAGUGUGUCUUCAGAUCCACACGACGAGGACUCCACUGACGCCGAGGUCUCCAAAAUUGACUUCAACCAACACCAGCACGAGGUAAACAUGCGAAAUAAGAAGAAGCGCUCAUCAAGCGGCGCGCCGUGCGACAGUCAAAACGAGAGGGAGCGGCCGAUGUCGUGGGAGGGGGAGCUGUCCGACUCUGAGAUGGUCAUCGACACGAGUGUCAACAAUGACGACAACAGCAGCUCCCUCGACCUCCAGUCCUCGCGAGACUCGAUCGACACGCUUCGCAACGUGACCAUCAAGUCGGAGCCCCUCAAGACAGAAGCAUUCCAGAGCGUGGACGACCAGAGGGUCCUAGACUUAAAGUACACAGCACCGUUGCAGCCGCAUCAAAGAAGUCUUAGUAUGAACAGGAUAUCGGUUCUCACGGAUAACGCGCCCCUUUCGCUUGCAAGACGCCCUUCGUCGCCCACGAGUAGUGCCAAGUCUCUGGUGCUAGACCAAAACAAUGUCCCCAUAAUGCCUCAGACGUCACUCGGCGAGGUUCAGAACUUGACUAUCAAAAAGGAGACACAGUUAUCAGAGUUAAAAUGCGAGCCGUCAGUCGGCAUGGACAAGCUGUUGGGCGCGUUACACGGCUCCCCACUGCUGGGCCGGCUGCCGCGUGUGCAGUCCAGUGCCAGCACGGAUUCCGCCGUCCACUCCAUGUAUACGCAUAGCGUAUACAGCAGCCCAUCGGCGAGUCCGCGCGCGUCGCGUCACUACACACCGUCACUGUCGCGUAACAACAGCGACGCGUCUCACUCCUCCUGUUACUCAUACAGUUCUGAGUUCUCGCCCACGCAUUCCCCUGUACAGGGUCGGCAUCCGCACGUGGUGUACCGUGAGGCGGCUGCGGCGGCGGCGGCAGGCCCGUUUCCUGCGUCGCCGGCGCACGAUGAAGACGCCGACACCACUGAGGACCGGCUGCAUCAUCACCAGGGCAUCAGUCGGCAGCAACUUAUUAACAGCCCCUGUCCGAUCUGCGGGGACAAGAUCAGCGGCUUCCACUACGGCAUAUUCUCGUGCGAGUCGUGCAAGGGUUUCUUCAAGCGGACCGUGCAGAACCGCAAGAACUACAUGUGCCUCCGAGGUGGCAACUGUCCAGUCACUGUCGCCACCAGGAAGAAGUGCCCCGCCUGCAGGUUCGACAAGUGCCUCGGCUGUGGUAUGAAGCUUGAAGCGAUCCGCGAGGACCGGACUCGAGGUGGUCGCUCGACAUACCAGUGCUCGUACUCGCUGUCGGGCGCCUCGUCCACCGGCUCGCUGCUCUCUGCGCACGUACCUACCACGCUGCGGCACGCGUCCAGCCUCACUUGUGUAAAUGGCCCAGCAUCAUACAGUAACAGUAGAGGGGAAUCGAGUAAUAGUCGACUAACGCCUGACAUACCACCAUUAUUGCAGGAAAUAAUGGAGGUAGAACACCUAUGGCAGUACAACGAGUCGGAAUUGAAUCGACUAAGCAAGUCGCCCGGCAGUCCGUCGGCCAACCCGCUGCUCGCCGCGAGCGGCAUCACCGCGCAAAACUCCAGCCCCGACUUCCUCGCCGACCUGUGCAGCAUCGCCGACCACCGACUCUACAAGAUCGUCAAGUGGUGCAAGAGUUUACCACUAUUCAAGAACAUCUCCAUCGACGAUCAGAUCUGCCUGCUGAUCAACAGCUGGUGCGAGUUAUUGGUACUGUCGUGCUGCUACCGCGGCGUGGGCACGCCGGGCGAGGUGCGCGUCGGCGGCGGACGCGGCAUCACGUUGCCGCAGAGUGCCAAAUUGGGCCUCACGCCUUGUAUAGAAAGAAUGCUCAGUUUCACCGACCACUUGAGACGACUGCGAGUGGACCGAUACGAAUAUGUCGCCUUGAAAGUUAUCGUACUACUCACUUCAGAUGCGCCAGAAUUACGCGAAGCGGAGAAAGUGCGAGCGUCACAGGAAAAAGCGUUGGCAGCGCUGCAGGCGUACACGGCGACACACUCGCCCGACACGCCCGCCAAGUUCGGCGAGCUGCUGCUGCGCAUACCGGAGCUGCAGCGGACCUGCCAGUUUUUCAUGCAAGUUGGCAAGGAGAUGCUCAACCCAGCGAACAAAAACAAAGACGGCGAUGGACCAAGCUUCAAUCUGCUCAUGGAGCUGUUGAGAGGGGAUCAUUGACCUUGAUUCUCUUCACUCCGGGUCUCCCAGGAUUUAAGAUUAGUAUAAACAUCGUAAACAUUGCUCAAGACUCAAGAUAAAAUCUAGUUUUUUAAACAUAAACUCUAUUUCGCUAAUCAUAGAGUCGAAAAUGCUAGGACUAGACUUAUGUAUGACAAUUAAUAAACAACAAACAGAUAUAAUAAUAAGAAAUUAUUAAAAAAAAAAUGCUCAAUUUAAUAACAGUAAUAAUCUGCCAUAUUUUUGUGAUGUUCAUAUUCAUCACAAUUUUUAUAUGACCGUUUAUUAGGUAACAUUCAAAUAUCAUCUACAUAUUCUAUAUUAUGUUCUAUACUUCAUCUAUGACUCGGAAUUUAACCUCAAUUAACCAAUAUAUGCGAAAUAUUUAUUAUUGCCAGUUAUUCGUUUCUUUCAUAAACUUUUUGUUUCUAUUAUCUUUCUUUUACAAACUUUUCAUGAUUUUUUUUAUCUAUGUAAACUUUCUUUCUCAAACUUAAUUGCAUAAACUGUCAUUUGUUUUUUAUAAACUUUCUCCCACAAACGUUAAUUUCAUAAACUCUUCUUGUUUUUAUUUCAAUUCAUUUUUAAAGGAAUAAUCAGAAAAGUUGAUAUUAGAAAUAAAACAUCUAGUUAUAUCUAUGUAUAAAACUUUAUAUAUUAAAAAAUUUCGGAACAAUUUCAAAAUAAUUAUAUAAAUUAAUCUUAUAGAUAAUAAAAUCUUUUUAUAAGUACUUAUAUUAAAUGGUUCCCUUGCCUUUCCAAGUGAUAACGUAUUUAUGGCCUUGUAAUAAAAAAAAAAGACUGUACGAAAAGUCAUUAUCGUGGAGUUAAAAAUCACAUCGCUUCAUUCAUCAUUAUGAUUAAUAUAAUUGUGCCAACAUAAUCUGUUAUACUUAUUCAAAAUGCAUUUAUUUUAUGAUACAAUUUACAUCACUAGACGUAUUUUUAUAAAUUAAUUUACAAUAUUAUUUGUGUUUUAAUAUUCAAUAAUUAAAGGAUUACUUUAUAUUGACAUGUAGAACCAUCUUCAAAUUGUUUGAUUUGUCAGAGGUUUGCCUUUGAAAGAUAAGAGAAAAAAUUAAAAAAAUAUGAAAAUAAUUCCAUACAAUUGAAGCACUAAACAACAAAUUAUAACUACAGAACAGCUAUUUUUGAAAUUCUUUAUUUUAUUUUCUUAUAUACUUAUUUCAAAAAUAUUUAUGUUUAUUUUAUAAUUAUAAAUGUAUACAAUAACUCUGCAAUUUCUCAGUAUAUCCAAGAUAGGUGACGUAUAACGUUAUUUUAAAAAUGGAAUCGCUGAUUUAUUGAAGUUUUAACUUUACAUAAGCAUCUUUCUUUUUUUUUUUUCUACAUAAAACGGCAAUUUCAUAGAUAAGGUUAUACCUAAUAGUUCAUAAAAUUAUUGUUAAUUUAUUAUCAUAUGAGGUAUUUUAUUAAAAAAUGCAGUAUUUUAUAUCAAGAACUAAAAUAUAGUUAAUAGAAACUCUUACCUUUCAAAGCUAAUAAAUUUCAAUUAAUUAAUUACUAUUGGACAUAAUGGCGUUUUAAAUGUUAUCAUUGCAAAUUUUGCGUUCCGUUUUAGGCAAAAGUUCUUUAUGGCAAACCGAUAAAUAGUAUCUAAACAAUUACCACGAAUUAAUUAACAAUUUGGUUUUAACACUACAUUGCAAGCGUUAUUCUUUUUUGAUUUAUUUUUAUUAUAAAAAAGUAUUAUCUAUUAAUAAUGAAUACUCAGCUCCUGUAAAUAAUGUUUAGUGCAUAAUCCAAAAAUUUGUCAAAAUAUUAAAAAAAAAAAGCUCGAGUAAUGAAAGCGGCUGAAGAAUCACACUGGCGACUUGGUUUUGUAUUACGUAUUAUAUUUAAAAAUCUUUUUUUUUUUUAUUAUUUGUAGAAAUGCGUCUAUGUGACUAAUAAUCGUCUAUAAGCAUUUAAUUAACUUCCACUGCCACGCUAUGCUUUUAAUUUAUAGUGUUUUUUGUAAGGCUCUGGGAACAAUGGAUAGAGUAAUGAAUGUGUAUUAUUCUGAAUAUUUAUGGCAUUGAUUUUUUUAUAGCAAACUCUAUAGUGCUUAAAACGUUAAAUGUUUAAUAUAAUGUAGAGAUAUCUUGCCUUUUAAAUUUUUAAAUCAUUAAAAAAUACUCGGUAGCUUUUUAUUGUGAUGUUAUACAGACUUUAAAAUUAUGUACGAACGAUAUGUCGGACCAAUCUUGUCCGAAAUGCUAUCAAUAUGCCAAUUUCAUCAGUAGGAUUUUUACAUUAGUAAAUGAUUUUAUUUUGUCAGUGUGUAAAUGAAUAGAAUACUAGAUCCUAAUAAAUAAGAGAACUUGUUUUCCGUUGUUAUAAAAACUCAUUUAUCUAUAUUAGCCAUUAACUAUCCACUGUUAAAUAUAGGCCUUUUCCGCUUUAGUAGUAUUAUAAGAGGAACGCUACUGCCCAUUCCUCGACCAUUAAGUUCUCUUAGUCGCCUCUUACGACGCCCACGAGAAAGAAAGGUGUGGGGCCCUUUCUAUACUGGGACCACUACGUUACGUUAAAAAUUAUUCAUAAAAACGCUUGUCUUGACUAGUUCGAUAUCUGAUCAUAGACUAGAAAUUAGUAUUCGUAAUUGGCAUAUAUUAACAUAGCUAAUGAUUAUAUUCAUUAUUUUUUAAAUUAUAUAUUAAAUUAAAAAAAAAUCCACCUGAUCUGGGGAAUUUUAUUCAAAUUACUUGCAACAAUGAAAAAUGUUAUGUUUUUUUAAUUACUCGGCACUAUUUGACCGAUCGUGCUUGUAACAUUUUUUGAAAUUACGCACCUAAUCCAGAAAUGUAUUAUAUGGUCUACAGGUCCUACCGAUGAGUUGCUAAAUAAUGUUGUUCGUACAUAGUUUUAGAGGAUCACUACGAUUCUUUUAAGCGUUGGUUCAGUCUGUGAUACUGAAUCAUAUCAAGGUUAGAUAUACUUAUUCUAAAACGUGAUAACAUAAUCCUUAACAUAUUUGUAUUUCACUUUUAGAUAAAGAAGAUAUAAUUCAAUAUCUUUGGUAUCACCCUUUACCGUGCUUAUACGUAUGUGUGUAUAUAUAUAUAUAAUAUUUUUAUUAUUUAUUUAACACUUAAUUACACCAAUAUUACAGUACUUGUCGAUAAGUAUUGUGUAGUAUAAAAGGCGGUCUUAUUGCUAAGCAAUCUCUUCCUUUUUUAGUAAAUGCAUACACACAAUUAUAAUUUCUGUUAUCUCUACACACCACAGAUUAUAUAAAUAUUAUAAAUUUGCUAUAAUAUAACUGAAUAUAACUAAACCCAACGGGCUUGCAUGGUCGGGUAUUUUUUGAAAGAGUUUACAUAUUGAAUAAGUAAUAUUUUAACGUCCGAUUUACCUCAAAAUAUUCACAUCUUUAUUCUUUAUUCAGCAUUAUUAUGUAUAAAAUUAAUUUCUUCUUAAUAUUUCGUUGUAAAGCUGUAUUAUGCAUUUAAUAAAUAAAAUAUUUUUGUACGAUUUAAACCUAUUCUUUGUGUAAAGUUUAAGUACUUAAUUAUUAGAAGACUUCCGUUCUAGAAAAUGCAAUGCCUCCUAUUUAUAUAUACCUAGCAAUGAACAAUCUCUAAUACAUUUAUAAUUCUUAAUUCCGUAUUACGAUAGAUUAAUUAUAACAACAAUAGAGAAUCAAAACGCAAAUAUUGCGACGGUGAGGUGGCGCCACUUGUACAACUUAAGGAUUUAAAUUAAUAUUUUUUUAUAAAUAAUAAGUUCGAGACAAGGAUCUGUCAUGUAAAGCCCAGUAGAUGUACGCCCGCUAAAAAAGAUUCCCAUUUGCAUGUAUAUAGACAAAGAAAGACUUUAAAGUCGUAAUGGCGGGAAAAUAAUGUUUUUAUUUCUUUUUCCAUUUAUCACAAUGGCGCCACCACCGGGAUAUUUUUUUUAAAUCACUAUCCUAUGCAUGUAAAAAGAAAAAAGUAAUACAGGUUUAUUUUAAAUCGAUAACAAUGUCUAAUUAACACAUUGUUAUCGAUGAUAAUUAUAAUAAUUUAUAUUUGUUUUUCACAUUUUUUUUAUGAAAAAGUAAUAUUGAAACCGCUAUUAAUAAUGUUAUACAUAUAUGUACUUAUAAUAUUUAAAUGAUGUAAAUUCUAUAUUUUCAAAUUAAAUUGUACUUUAAAUUUCGUUCCAAUAUGCUGUGAAGAAAUUACAUACUACAAGUAUGUAUUUUUUUCAUACUAUAAAUUCUUCGUAAUGUAUUUCUUUUAAAGUUAAGCCUUUUAUUUUGAUAAAAUUGAACUAUAUUUUAAACAGCCACAUCUUAAAAUAAUCUAGUAAAAUAUUUGUAAUGCGCAAUUUUACUGUUAUAAAUAUUUAAUAAGUUGUCUAUGGUUCAAUCAUUCUUUUUUUAUUGAGGCAACAAUAACUGUCACAUCGUUAGUGUCCAGGUAUAUAUGAGAACUCGUUACAUUGUAAUAUUAUUUAUUGUAAUUACAUGUAAUUAUCUAUGAAACACGGGUCCCAUGACGCGGGCCUCGUUUGUAAUCAUUGCCAUUUCGGUUAAGUUAAUAACAAUGUAAUAUUGCUAGGAUUUGUGCAGCUUAGUUUAGAUGUAAGUUACGCGAUUCUGAAGGUAUAACUUUCACAUUAGUUUUACGAAAGAGUUUUGUAUUUGUAUUAUGUUGACUUUGUGUCGUAUCUUUAAUUUCGUACUCACUACACCAAUCCAUUUCGUUUUGAUGUUCAAACAAAAACAAUCACUUGUUUUUUUUUCUUGUUUUUUUUUUUCAGUGUGCAAUACUUAGCAUAAAGUAUUUUUUAUAUAUUAAGAUGUAUAAUUACUGUCCUCAAAUGCAAUUCAAAGACAUGUUCUUUAUGUAGACGUGAUGCUACUUUAUGCUACAAGUGCACUAUUUUUAGCUAGCUGCUCCUAAGACAGCUACGAAAACCAGUAACUCACUGCCCAUUUAUAUUUAUAAUAAGACAUUGCUAUAAGCAAAAUCCAUUUAGUUGCAAUACUUACAAACGAAUAUUCUCGUAAAAAAAAUGUAUAGGUUUAGAUGUUAUAAAUUAAGUAAUGUUAAAUUAGUGUAAAGUAUUUUUUAGGAUUACUUUGCGACGUCGAACGUUGCAAAAAAUGUAUUCUCUCUCAUUUUAGAAAUGUUGCUUUGACAGCUAUUUUAAAUGGGUUUAAAUUAAUUGCAAUAUUAUAUAUUAUUGUCUUAUUUUUGUGAUUAAAAAAAUUUUAUAUAUCGAAGUCACCUCAAAAAUUCAAUACAAUAUUUGAGAAAUACAUAUACCAUGUUGUUCAUAAAAACGUGAAUCUUCAUUAAACCUCUUUUAAUAACUUAUACUGUGUUUUGUCAAUUUCUAUCAUAUUAGGUAUUUGAAAGGAAAGAAAGAGAUGAAAUAGAUUUAACGUUUUUGUGAAUAAAAUGGACAAUAUGGGCACAAGUACUUCAGUUUUGUUAUAUGAUAUAGAUAAUAGUCAGAGCUCAUAUACUUAGGGUUUUAAUUGUUAUUGUUUCUAAAACAAAGUGCCACGAAGAAAUUAUUUUCAUUCUUACAAAGAAAUUUUGUCAAUUUAUAUUUUUUUAGACGAUCUAAUCAGAUAAGUAAUAUAAAGUUUGAAAGGUUCGGAAGCCUUUUGAAUUUGCCAUAAUUAUGUAUAUAACUAAUGCGAUUUGCAACUGUCAUCUCGUAUUGUGUAAUUGGCGGAUCGCGGAUCAGGAAAAGGGACGAGAACACGAUAGUCAAAGUAUGGAGGGUAGAGAUAAGGAGAACCUUUUCUGUCUAUGAAAAAGUGUACGUCAUAAGGGGUUAAAUUAGGAUGGCGCUACUGUAGCAAAUGAAUAAAUUUUAAAGGAAGUAAGCAAAGAAAGUCAUACUUCCGCUUUUCAAUAAAAACAAACAAUAUUACUAUAUAUAAUUAAUGUUACGUUAAAUAUCAUUGUUAAACUUUUGUGUAUUAAAUAUAAAAUAAAGUUAAUAAAUUUCUAAACUCGCCGUACUUCACACCAUGAGCGAAAUUCAUUUCAUACUCUCUUGCUACACUAGCGCCAUACUGAGGGAUUUAGAACUAUUAUUUACAGCUUACAGCUGGAACUUGUGCUACUGUCUCAGUAUGAGAUAGUUCUCCUUACCUCUGCCCUCCAUAAGUUUAUUUAUGUAUUUUUAUUUUUUCAUUUUUAUUUAUUCAUAUUUGUAUUUAUUUAUUUAAAAGUAACAACAACUGUUAAGCUGCGAGUUCGUGCCUAUUCACCUUAUUAUAAUGCGAAUGUGUGAGUGAGAUUCAUAAAUUAUGCGGCAGGCUUUGUCACGCGUCCUUUUUUCACCGUAUCCCGAUUGUAAUUAUUAUACCUAAUUGGAAAUAUAAUAAGAGAUUUUAUAGUAAUUCAAUUAUUUCACAUUCGCAAAAAUUGCCUCUAAGUAAUAAUAAAUUAUUGUAUAAUCGACGGCUUAAGUGACAUUCAUAGUGUAUAAAACUCUUUACUGAACUGAUAAAUUUAAGGUAGUCGAUGUAAGAAUAUUUUUGUAUUCAGUAAAGCAGUAGGUAGGUAUGUAUGUAGCGUUAAAGUAUGGGGAUGCUUGAAGGUCCGAGUAAUUUUUAUAUUAAAAAUUAUAAGGAUUGUAAGAAUGCGUAUUACGUCCAAUAUUUUAUAUUUUCACUUUUGUUUAUAAAUAAGUAUUAUAGUGAUAUUGUAUUCUUUAUUUUGUAGAAUUAUAGAAAGAUUUUUUUUUAUAUAUAUAGAGAAGAAUAAAUGAUUUUUUGGAUUAAA